GCCUUGGCUAAUACUUGGCAUCCGCGGCGCUCACACGAACAGUUUGCUCCUCUAAUUUUCAGUUCUAAGAUCAUGUCUUGGGCCAGGUUGAUUUUACUUGUGUUUGUUGGAUUUACCCUUCACGGGCACGGACACUGGGAUGCCACCGGACAGCCGAACAGGGACCGUCGGAAGGGCGCGUACGUCGGCCCGCUGGAGACGUUCGAACACCAGGCCUCGGGCAAGGUCUGGGCCGUGGACGAGGACAAACUCUUCAUCGAGAACUUCACCUUCGACGGCAGGAGUCCCGACACGUUCUUCUGGAUCGGGAACGGCAGCCAACCCAACCCCAAGGGACACCUGAUCCGCUACCCGCUGGACUCCCCCGACGAGAAGCCCGUGCAGCUGCCCAUGGUCAACGGGGAGGACAUCCUGCUGCACCUGCCGCCGCGCCUCAAGGUCACCGACAUGGACUGGCUCUCCGUGUGGUGCCGCAGGUUCACGGUCAACAACGCACACGUCAAGAUCCCCCGUGACCUCGACCCGCCGCGAAAGAGGGUCCUGCCGGAGUUCCAGCGCCUCGCCCACCAGCUCCGCUCCGGCAACAUCACCAUCCUGGACGCGCGGACCUUCUACAUCCCCAACCUGCACUACGACGGCAAGGGGCCCGACGCCUACUUCUGGGUGGGCAAGGGGACGCACCCAGACCCCAAGGGACACAAGAUUCCUAACGAGAUGGGCAGCUUGGAUGUUUUACGAGCCUACGAGGGUGAGGACAUCGAACUCCAGCUGCCAGAGAACUUGACAGUGUACGACAUAGACUACCUCGGCGUCUGGUGUGUCGCCUACAAACACAACUUCGGCCACGUCCAGAUCCCUCAUGCCGACGACCUGUGGGUGCCCCCCGCCCUGGGGCAGACGCGCAUCAAGGUAAGCACAUCCCACAUCGCGCCGUCGGAGUUCGAUAACUGCAGGCAGCUAAGUCCCGACCUUCAGGUGGAGUGGCAGGCCAAGCAGGAUGAGGUUCACGUGCGUCUCACAGCGCUGAUGGGCGAGGACCAGUACAUAGCCUUCGGACUCUCCCCAAUUAGCAUGAGGCCGGAGAUGCUGAACAGCGACAUCGUGGUGGCUUACUACGACCACGACGACGGCUCCUUCCACGCCAUCGACUACAGCGUCACGGCAAAGAAGCAGUGCAUCGGAAUGAAGGGUGUGUGUCCGGACGAGAGUGUGAACGGCCGCAACGAUGCCUCCGUGAUUGGCGGUGAGAGGAAAAACGGCGUCACCACCAUCACCUUCAAGCGGCCUUACGACACCAACGACCACCUGGACAUCCCCAUCGCGCGCCACCCCGAGCUGCGCACCGUCAUCGCCGCCAUCGGCCACCUCAGCGACACCAAGGAGGCCAGCUACCACGACAACUUUAUAACUGACAGUCAUAUUGAACUGGACUUCCAGGCGCAGGGGGACAACACGUGCAGCCGUAAGGCCGGGGUGGGCCGCGAGCCGCCGCGCUACAGCCAGUGGGAGCCGAGGAUCCUUCGCGCUGUCACUAACUUUACGGCCACCAUCGGUCCCACGGGGGGAGACAGAGGCUACCCGUCUGCCACCCGUCAGUAUCCAUCUUGUACUCGCUGCUCACAAACCAUUUACUCACCCAGGGAGUACCGGCAGCGGGGCCUCGCCUGGUGGAUCAACGAAAUGCUCACUCCUGAGAUUUUCGUGGAGCGCGGCCAGACCUACUACUUCACCGUGCACGGCGGCGAGGACCAAGCCGCCAACGCCAGGCACCAUCCACUGUACAUCACCUCGUCACCUGAGGGCGGCUUUAACAUGAAGACUCUAGAGGAACAGGAGAACGAGCGGGUAUUUGCCGGGGUGUCUUUUAUGAAGGACAAGAUGCCAAAACCAACAGCAGUGGGGAGUCUGUGUCUGUGGAAGCUCAUCGGCCAGGACAUGUGGCAGCAGAGCGAGACGUUUGAGAUAUACAAGGACUCGCUGUACAAGGAGUGUGAGAGCGGGUUGCCUGGAUCGCUGACGUGGACGGUCGCCGAGGACACGCCGGACCUCGUGUACUACCAGUGCUUCAGACACCUCAACAUGGGCUGGAAAAUUCACGUGGUGGACAGCGGCUACAAACUGCGAAGGGAGGGAGACAACGGCGGCGUCUCCCUCACCCUGUCCCCCAUCCUUCUUCUACAUUCUUUAUCCCUCCUUUAUUGUUUCUUGCAAUUCUUCUCUUCAUUUACUCUGCUAGCUUUCGCGCGGCCACUGAGAUGAAAUUCUUAGUCAGUAUUAGCUUAAAAACCCACUCUGCUCCCCUCCUCUUCCUCCCCCGCCCCAGCCCCAACACAACACCAUCACUUUUAAAGCUCCAUGGCAAUUCUGAGAUAAAACACAGCAUAAUGGUAGUUCAGCGUGUGUGAGUGUGUGUGUUUGGCGUAGUGAAAGCCUCGACUGUGUUUCCUGGAGGCUCCAGUGUCUCAUUUUGUACUUCUUAUUUUAACACAACGUGAAUGUACAGCUGAAGAUGAGAAUUUUUAAUGGUUAUGAUAACUGUAUUAGUCCACUAGUUUUUCUCUCCACCAUUUCGCCCUGCGUUGUCGCUUCGAGUAUCACUGCUUUUGUAUAUCGACCGUGAUUCUGGCCCGAGUCGAGUCGCUACGGAGGUUUAUUAUCCUCCAUUUGUAAAUAAGAUCAUUACUUCAAGUACUUACUACUACUACUACCACCAUCGAUGCUGCUAUGGCUACUCAUUCAAGUUUUUUUUUUUUUUUUUUUUCUUUUUUUUUACUGCAACACAGCAGGCGCGUGGUCUCGUGCUUCCUGGUCUUUAUUUUCCUGUGUGUCAGCGUGUACGUAUGUGUGUGCGUCUUGACUACCGUUGUCGCACCCGCUGUCCCGUCGUUCCGUGUCGCCCCUGGACCCACUUGUUACUGUGUCUUGUCUCUCAGCCUUCUGGUGCAGUGCUGUCCAUGCUGUGUGUCGAGGAGACGCCUCAUUCGUAUCUCAUAACGUCAGCAAUAACUAUUAGCUAAAAAUGUAUACUUCAAAAGUACAGAAUCAUGAUUUGUACAAACUCAUUGGAUUAGAACGAUCGGCUGCCUCGUGAACCCUCGGGAAAGUUCGACCGGGGUGUCAGUGGAGCUCCGAAGCAGUGGAAUCACCCAGUGGAAUCAGCUAAACCCCAGAGUCAUCCCUUGUCCACCAAUCUGUACGCAUCAUUCCAAUUGGCGCUUAUAUAAGGGAGAAAAUGUACAUUCUGGAAAUUGAACGGAGGUGUAAAAAUUCUCUUGUCAAAUAAAGAUGAUAAACAUUCCUUAUUUCGACAAUAUUACAUUUAAUUUUACCACCUCAACUCAAUAUUUAAGAUUUCCUCCCGGAUAUCAGUGCGUACUAAUUAGAAAGGUGCGUGCGAAUAGGCGAACAUACCCUACACAAAUGUGCUACCUUCUUUCCUUGGUGGCUCUGAAUGACGCCAACCAGUGUGCUCAAAUUGCAGUCCUGAAAGAAAAAAAAAAGUAAAGGUAGGGACAUUUAUAUGCGUUAUGGGUUUUUUUUUUUUAGAUGAGUUUGACAUUAAGUAAAGACACUCACCCUUUUCUCGUGCUGCCACCGUGACCGAAGAGCGACCCAGCUGUUGACGUUGUUUCGGCGUCUGCUGAAAUUACGAAAACUCCUCCUCCUCCUCCUGCUGCCGUUACUGUUUCUGCUACUUGUGUUUACUACAACUACUACUACUACUACUACUACUACUACUACUACUACUACUACUACUACUACUACUACUACUACUACUACUACUACUACUAUUACUACUACUACUAUUACUACUACUACUACUACUACUACUACUACUACUACUACUACUACUACUACUACUAUUACUACUACUACUAUUACUACUACUACUAUUACUACUACUACUAUUACUACUACUACUACUACUACUACUGCUGCUAUCAACAUCGGCAAAAGUAACAAAACCCUAUGGUCUUGUCCUUGAAAACUGUCUGAUUUAAUGUUUCAUACCCAAAACCGAUGCUCUUAUUUUUUCGUUCUUCGGGUUGAGCAUUGAAUUACAAACGAUGAUGGGUAGAGGGAGGUUGAGCCACGCGAGGGUGCGAGGGUGUUGGGGACGUGGACAGAGCUGUGGGGAAGAAGCGAAAGUAGAAUGCCCACGCGUCUCGGCCGUCAUGACUAAGCUUCACACCACCAAUCGUUUUCCUGCAGACCGGGCCAACAAGCGACCCUUCCACCUUCGUUGUUUGCGGAAGACUAAAGCAUAACCCCUUUUUGUAUCAUUUUAGUGUGUAGCGCAAGAAGAAAAUUACCUUGUUUAUAUUUGACCUUUAUUCUCUCUCACCUUGGUCUUUGUCGUCGUGAGUAGGUGACCCAGGCGUGUGUCGGUCACCCAGCCAAGACAUCAUCAUACCACUAGACGGUUCAUGCAUGCCACUACUCUUUGUCGCAGUGUACUAUGUUGUGUCGCCAGGCGUAAAUUCCUCAUUGAGGGCGGGGUGCGGCAACGUAAUGUUCAUUUCUGUUCACGGUAUGAUGCGAAACUCCGAUGGUUAGUACACUGAGGGCGAGGUGGCCACAACCCACCGUUUGGACGCCCGCGUCAGCUCCCCCGCGCGAGGAACUUAGGCCUGGCUGUGACCAAGGGGAUCUUGGCUCGCUCCCGCGCACACAUUAUCGCAUCUUUAUAUUCACACUUAAAGUUUGACCGUUAAUAUAUAUUUUUAUGUGAAUAUUCGCCGUACACUUCCCACGCCCCGGGCCGCCGCCUGGUGCCCGCGGCCGCGCUGGGUGCGGGCCGCCUCGGGCCGGGCGUUCCGCGGCGUAAUCUGGGUCAGUCCGCCUCGCCGCCGCCGCCGCCACCGCUUUAGUUCAUUCUCCUCUAGACGCUCCGAUAUUUAUUUGAAGAGUUUGUUGUGAAUUUAACAGUUUUAUAUUGCUGUGAUUAUAUACAUAUAUAUACAUACAUAUAUAUAUUUAAUGUGAAGAAUAUUGUAAAUAACCCCUACCUCCUGUUCGUGGCCCUACGAGGGAGCCUCCCCCCCCAAUACCGCCGCAGUGACACUCGAUCCUGCGGCAGAAAACAACAUAAUCAAUAUGGAUUCCAUUUAGCUAUUAGGGAACCGUAAAUAACACUUGAGGGCGGCACGCAGCACUGCCACUGCCAGGGACCCACGUGGAGGCUGCACAGCCUGGCGCUGGACACACUGCACGCCGCUUCGUCUCACCGGGAACAACACUUCUCCUGUCACACAAAUCAUCACUUCUAAUGUAGAUUUAAUUAUAUUAGUCAUUGGGAACUAUUCAGGACGAAGCGAUCACACAGACGCCAGCACCAGAGUUGUGCAGCCUGCCAGCAUCUCGACAAUUCGCUCCCGCUUGAAUGCACUUGUAUGACGAAUAUAUUUAAGACGAUGUGACAAAUUAAUACUUGGAUGGAACCCCAGCAGACAGAAGCCAUGCCCCCCUCAGUCACCCUGGAGCCCUCUGGCCCAGGUGUGUUGUUGUGAUGGUCUGUGUGGCCUAGAUUAUGAUUAUGUGGUUCAGGUGAUCUUCAUGGUGCAGGUGGUAUUUGUGGUUCUUGUGGCUCAGGUGGUUCUUGUAGGUUAUGUGGCGUGCGAAGCGCCGUCCCCCUGGACGUCGCGAGCCGUGCGUCAGGCAAGAGGACUCUGCACCCUCCCGCGGUGGCCUGAUCGCAUCGAUUCCUUCGACUGAAAUUUUGAUCCAGUAGGAAUUUCAUAACAUCCCUAGAGGUGAGCAAAACGUCCCUCAUAUGAACGCACCUCCCUUUUGUUUCUCACUUACGAAAACAAAAUCAAUGGAUUCAGCACUUAGACGUCUGCUGCCAUCGAAUGCUUGCUCUUAUGUUACAAAAUUUCAUAGUAAGGAGAUCUUGUGGAAAGUAUGUCCCUUUCCCUCACCUCUUCCUCCCCAAAAAAUAAUCAUUAAAUGCUGCCGUGUUGCACCAUAUGGCAGUCCAAGCCCCAUCAAGGCGAUCCCCCGCCUCCUCACCACUUCGAGGGUGUGGGGCAGAGCCUCGGCCGCUGAUUCAAAAGUCUCGCCGAUGUUCAGGUCUUCGCGGCUUCGAGCGUCACAUUUUUUUCCGUAUCACUGUAAAAUUUAAAUGUCCUGUCCAUUUAGGGAGUUAGGCUAUUUUUUUCCUUAGAGCUCACUUAGUGUUUAAGGUGAAAUUGGAUAACUUUUUUGAUAACAUAUUGGAUUUAGCGUCGUAGGGUUGAAUGGUGACGCGAGGGUGAGUCCCGCUGGCUGUACAAGAGUUACUAAUUUAGCAGCACGGAAUGUGGCCUGGAUGUUAAUUCUCUCUCUCUCUAUCUCUCUCUCUCUCUCUCUCUCUCUCUCUCUCUCUCUCUCUCUCUCUCUCUCUCUCUCUCUCUCUCUCUCUCUCUCUCUCUCUCUCUCUCUCUCUCUCUCUCUCUCUCUCUCUCCUCCCACUUCUUAAACAACAGCAACUCCUCCUCCUCCUCCUACUACUACUUCUUCUUCUUCUUCUUCUACUACUACUACUACUACUACUACUACUACUACUACUACUACUACUACUACUACUACUACUACUACUACUACUACUACUACUACUACUACUACUA